CUCCAGAUGUCAGAGGAUCUAGCAAAGCAGCUGGCAAGCUACAAAGCUCAACUCCAGCAAGUUGAAGCUGCGUUGUCUGGAAACGGAGAAAAUGAAGAUUUGCUAAAAUUAAAGAAAGAUUUACAAUGGCUCUCUGCAUCCCCGAAACGCCUUCCUUCAGUAAGCAGAGUGCUUGAGUGCACCCUUUGACCUGCUGAUAUGUAGAUCACAACAUCUGAUGCUUCCUGGAAUUGCCGAUUACUGUAACUGCUGCCCAUCUGUCGAUGAAGGAGCAGUUUCAGAACUCAGACUUGGGGGAGGAAAAGUAAUUAAUGGAAGUUAUAGAACUAACCAAAGACCUUCUAUCAACUCAACCUUCUGAAACUCUUGCAAGUUCAGACAGUUUUGCUUCUACUCAGCCCACUCAUUCAUGGAAAGUAGGAGACAAGUGUAUGGCAAUCUGGAGUGAAGAUGGACAGUGUUAUGAAGCGGAGAUCGAGGAGAUAGAUGAAGAAAACGGCACUGCUGCGAUCACCUUUGCUGGCUACGGCAAUGCUGAAGUGACCCCACUGUUGAACCUCAAGCCUGUAGAAGAAGGAAGGAAGGCAAAGGAGGACAGUGGCAACAAACCCAUGUCAAAAAAAGAAAUGAUUGCCCAGCAGCGUGAAUAUAAAAAGAAGAAAGCUUUGAAAAAAGCACAGAGAAUAAAAGAACUUGAGCAGGAAAGAGAGGACCAGAAGGUUAAAUGGCAACAGUUCAACAACAGAGCCUAUUCUAAAAACAAAAAAGGCCAGGUAAAAAGGAGUAUUUUUGCUUCACCUGAGAGUGUAACCGGAAAAGUUGGAGUAGGAACUUGUGGAAUUGCUGAUAAACCUAUGACACAAUAUCAAGAUACCUCUAAAUACAAUGUCAGGCAUUUGAUGCCUCAAUAAUCAGAAAAACUGUUGGAUUUCAUCUCUGCAGGGCUUUACAUUUACCUUUUUAUCCUUAUAUUUUUCUAAAGGUAAAUUAUUUGUUAGAUGAGUAAGGAAGAUACCAUUGUCGUCCUUGUUUGACUUCAAUAGAAUGAAACUUGAAGAAAUUGCGUUUGAUAACUGCUAUUCGUUUAACUUUUCGUUACUACUACCACAGUUUCCUCAAAGUUUGUUGAAUAAAGCAACUUUUCUAGAUAGAUGCUGCAUAAAUACGGCACUUAGAUGAAUUGUUGAUCUUCCUAAUAUCAGGCCCUUACUUAAUGGAUGGUGUGUACUUUUUGUAAAGUUCUCACUUGGAAUUUUCAGAUGCUUUGAACUUGCCACAUAUUGUAGCAAUUCACUGGAACGUCAAGGCAAAAUACCAACCUGCUAAAGAGAUCUUUUUUUCCUUCAACUUAAACCUAGCUGUUGCUAAUUAAGCCUAAAAAUAGGUUAAUUUGAUUAAUUUAAAAUGGCAAACUUUAUUUUGAGGUUUUUCCUUCAAUAAUUGGUUUCUGAAGCCUAUUAGGCUAUCUCUAAAAUUGACCCAGCUCUUAAAAUUUUUUCAUUGAGUUUUAAUUUUAUGUAAGAACCAUGUUUAUGACCAGCUUCCUUUUCUAAGGGGUUUUUUUGUUUAUUUUUAAUUUUGUGUUUUUUUUUUUUUUAACAUGUUGAUUUUUCCCUUACGGUAGUGGUACCAUUUUUUGGAUGUGUAAUGUUUAUAUAAGAAAACAAAAAGCUGAUGUAUAGCCCUGUAUACAGUGUAGAUACUAUUUUUGUAAAAAAAAAAAAAAAAAAAACCCAAGGCUAAAUUAAUGAACAAGAGUACUGAAUGUUUCAUCAUUAAAAAUUUAUUGUAUUUCUUGUGCAUUAAUCUGACCAUAAUUUCCCUGUAUAUUAUGUUCAUGUAGCUGAGUUUGUAAUUUUUGUUAACUAGAUCAAGUUGUCACCAUUUGUUGGUAUAAGUGAACAUCACAGUUAUCCUGAGUUGAGUUUAAGCCAAAUAUAUGCAUAGUAAAGUGUCUUCCUAUUAAUGGAAGAUGGUGAUUUUUAGGGUAUGUGUUAAUUUCUGUUUUUGUAUGUUUAACUUUUAUUAAAUAAAGUGUUUUUAAAAUCUC